GCGGGUCCAGGAGGAUGCGAACCCAGAGCGCAGGACUCUGCUCAGCGGGUCGGGAAGGACCAGGCAGGCCCUGUGAGACUAGAGAUUUUAAAGGGAGCUGUUCACGGAGGCCCAGCUCCGCUCUGCGAGAAACCCGACGGGAGGUGGAGGUGAGCACCUGGUUGCUGAGGGCAGACGGCGACCUUCCCGCGUGGACAGCUGCGGACAGCAGGGCCCCAUGGCUGCGAAAUCCCUGCCCAGUGCACCCCAGACCACCGCUGGGCGAGGCAGGGCCGUGACCCAGGGCCAGUGGGGCCGAGCCUGGGAGGUGGACUGGUUCUCCUUGGCCAGCGUCCUGUUCCUGCUGCUGUUCGCGCCCUUCAUCGUGUACUUCUUCGUCAUGGCCUGUGACCAGUACCGCUGCUCGCUCACGGCGCCCCUGCUGGACCUCGCCACCGGCCGCGUGCGGCUCUCGGACCUCUGGGCCAGGACGCCGUCGGUCACGAAGGAAGCGGCCCAGAUCUACACCCUGUGGGUCACCUUCCAGGUGCUUCUGUACUGGCUGCUGCCUGACAUCUGCCACAAGCUUCUGCCGGGCUACGUGGGGGGCGUCCAGGAGGGCGCCGUGACCCCCGCAGGGGUCGUCAACAAGUACGAGAUCAACGGCCUGCAGGCGUGGCUCAUCACGCACCUGCUCUGGGUCGUGGGCUCCCACCUGCUCGCCUGGUUCCCCCCCACCAUCAUCUUCGACAACUGGAUCCCGCUGCUGUGGUGUGCCAACAUCCUGGGCUACGCCGUGUCCACCUUCGCCAUGGUCAAGGGCUACCUGUUCCCCACCAGCGCCAGAGACCGCAAAUUCACGGGCAAUUUCUUUUACAACUACAUGAUGGGCAUCGAGUUCAACCCCCGCAUCGGGAGGUGGUUCGACUUCAAGCUCUUCUUCAACGGGCGCCCCGGGAUCGUGGCCUGGACCCUCAUCAACCUGUCCUUUGCCGCGAAGCAGCGGGAGCUCCACGGCCACGUGACCAACGCCAUGGUUCUGGUCAACAUGCUGCAGGCCAUCUACGUGCUGGACUUCUUCUGGAACGAGACCUGGUACCUGAAAACCAUAGACAUCUGCCACGACCACUUCGGGUGGUACCUGGGCUGGGGCGACUGCGUGUGGCUGCCGUACCUCUACACGCUGCAGGGCCUGUACCUGGUCUACCACCCCGUGCACCUGUCCACCCCUCACGCCCUCGGCGUGCUGCUGCUGGGCCUGCUGGGCUACUACAUCUUCCGCAUGGCCAACCACCAGAAGGACCUGUUCCGCCGCACCGAUGGCCGCUGCCUGAUCUGGGGCCGCAAGCCCGAGUUCAUCGAGUGCUCGUACGUGUCGGCCGACGGCCAGAGACACCACAGCAAGCUGCUGGUGUCCGGCUUCUGGGGCCUGGCCCGCCACCUCAACUACACGGGCGACCUGAUGGGCAGCCUGGCCUACUGCCUGGCCUGCGGCGGCGGCCACCUCCUGCCCUACUUCUACGUGGUCUACAUGACCAUCCUGCUGACCCACCGCUGCCUUCGAGACGAGCACCGCUGUGCCAACAAGUACGGCAGCGAAUGGGCGCGCUACACCGCCGCCGUGCCUUACCGCCUGCUGCCCGGGAUCUUCUAG